AUGUCCCUAGUGUGCGGAAAAAGCCUUCAAGUGUUUGCACUGCCCGGAGAAUACCCAGCGAAAGUGUGCCGCAUGAUCGAGGCUGUCACUCGCUCAGAAGGCUCCGGAAAGCCAUACCUGGCAUCCAGACAGCAGCAGAAGUGGGCUUUAGUGCCAUCUGGGUCGGAUUGUGCCGGGCCAGUCACAUCGUCCAUUAAGGUGAAAUGGUACGAUACCCAGCGUGCCUUGCAGGCGGUGGAGCGUCUCCAGGCCAAGCUGAAGGAGCGGGGUGAGGUGCCCACGGAGGAGAAGCUGGGCCUGCUCAAGUCCGUGCUGCAGAGCCCCCUCUUCCACCAGAUCCUCGCUCUGCAGAAGUCCGUGCAACACCUCAAAGACCAGCAGGGGAUUGGGCUCCCGGUGUUGAACUCCGACGCCACAGAGCCCUAUGGCCUGGCCCACCAGAACGGCGGCCAUUUUGGCCAGGACAGCUCCCAGGUCAAUGGGAAGCCCACCCACGAUGAGUUUGAGCGCAUCAUUCGCUCCAUGGCCCAGGGUCGGUACGUGACCUCCAUCGACCUGCUGAAGCCGCUGUCGGGCGGCCUGGGCUUCAGUGUGGUGGGACUCCGCAGUGAGAACCGCGGGGAGCUGGGCAUCUUCGUCCAGGAGAUCCAGCUCGGCAGCAUCGCACACAGUGAUGGUAAGCUGAAGGAGGCGGAUCAGAUCCUGUCCAUCAACGGGCAGCCCCUGGACCAGACGGUCACCCACCAGCAGGCCAUCGGGCUGCUGCAGCGGGCAGCUGAGCGGGUGCAGCUGGUGGUGGCCCGCGGGCCCAUACCCCAACUGUCCAGCCCUGUGGUGUCCCGCACGCCAUCCGCAGCCAGCACGCUGUCCGCGCACUCCAGCGCUACUCACUGGACCCAUGUGGAGACCAUCGAGUUGGUGAACGAUGGCACGGGCCUGGGCUUUGGCAUCGUGGGGGGCAAGACCACCGGCGUCAUCGUCAAGACCAUACUCCCCGGGGGCAUCGCUGACCAGGAUGGUCAUCUACACAGCGGGGACCACAUUCUGAAGAUCGGGGACACGGACCUGUACGGCAUGGGCAGCGAACAGGUGGCCCAGGUGCUGCGGCAGUGUGGCAACCGCGUCAAGCUGGUCAUCACCCGGGGAACCGUGGACGACGCCUCCACCGCUGCCAUGCCUCCAGCCCUAGCAACGGUCACCGAGCAACAGGGCUAUGAGGAGGAGGAGGCAGCGAAGGACGCGUUUGACGUGAGCCUGACGAAGAACGCCCAGGGCCUGGGGAUUACCAUCGCCGGAUACGUGGGGGACAAGAACUCAGAGCCCUCUGGGAUCUUCGUCAAGAGCAUCACGAAAGACAGCGCCGUGGAGCAAGAUGGCCGGGUGCACGUCGGAGACCAGAUCAUCGCGGUGGACGGCGUGAACAUCCAGGGCUUCACCAACCAGCAGGCGGUGGAGGUGCUCAGGCACACGGGCCAGACGGUGCACCUCAAGCUGGUCCGCCGCGGCUUCCAGCCGGACGAGUUCCCCCCCGUCGCCACGCCGACACCGCCGCCGCCGCCCGCGCCCACCCCGGCUCUGCCCGUUGCCGUGGAGACCAAGCCUCUACCACCCCCGCCGCCGCCCAGAGAUCUCUCCAUGGAGAGGGAGCGACCGGCCGCCGCUCUCCCCGAGCCCAAACCGGCCAAGGCCACCGAAGAGAAGGCAUCCUACUCUGCCCUGGCAUCGGACUUCUCCAGCCACGCCGUCACUGAGGCCAUCGACGCCGAGGUCAAGGAGGGAAUAAAGCUAACUGCUUUGGAGGAGGAAGAGUUGAUGAAGAGGUGGCAGAAUGCUCUCGGGCCCAGCAACGAAGUGGUAGUGGCGCAGGUGGAGAAGUUCAGUGAGAGCAGUGGCCUGGGCAUCAGUCUGGAGGCCAGCGGGGGGCACCACUACAUCCGCUCCGUGCUGCCCGAGGGGCCCGUGGGGCGCUGCGGCAAACUCUACAGCGGAGACGAGCUGCUCGAGGUCAAUGGGAUCCCUCUUAUCGGCGAGACCCACAAGGAGGUGGUGAGCAUCCUCAAGGAGCUACCCGUCUUUGUUUACGUGGCCUGUUGCCGGCCCGCCCCCCUGUUGCCACUGCCGACGGACAGGGACGCCGGCCAAUUGGGACUGGAGGAGGUCGCCACGGACGCCGCCACAAAGGUGUGCGCUGAGCUGGAGGACUUCCUGUCUCCCGGCGAAUCGGGGAAGGGCGCGGGCGUGGGCGGUGGCGGCGGCGGUGGCGGCGGUGUGGUGCGGGACCCCAGCAUGGCGGACGAGCCUCUGGCCUCCCCCUUGGCCAUGUGGGAGACGGACGUGCAGGACAUGGAGCUGGAGAAAGGGGAGAUGGGGCUGGGCUUCAGCAUCCUGGACUACCAGGACCCGGUGGACCCGGCGAAGACGGUCAUCGUCAUUCGCUCGCUGGUCCCCGACGGCGUGGCGGAGCUGGACGGUCGGCUGCUUCCUGGAGACCGUCUCAUGUUCGUCAACAAGACCAACCUGGAGGACGCCAGCCUGGAGGAUGCCGUGCAGGCCCUCAAAGGGGCCCCCAUGGGCAAGGUCCACAUCGGGGUGUCCAAGCCUCUGCCUACGGAGGAUGAGGUCGGAGGGCCUUCGUCCCAAGACCUGUCUCUCAUCUUCACCAGUCUGGUGUUGAGAGGAAAGGACGAACCGGAGCCCACCGACGGCCUUCUAUUCCGGGCCGAGCCGGCUUUGAUUGAUGCCAACGACUCGGAUCUGACGGACGAGAAGCUGUUUGAGCGGCACUUCCCCGACGAGGAGGACGAGGCCUUCCAGGCGUCCAUGAUCGCCCUCCACGGAAGCACCUGCAGCACCGAUCUGGACUUUUCAUUAACCAUGCCAGCGUCUACGCCCCAGGACGCCGGGUCCCUUAUAGAGGAGGUGGAGUCUUCGCCAGCCACCAUCGGGAGCAACUUUGAGAGGACAAUCACUGUCGUCAAGGGCAACUCCAGUCUCGGUAUGACGGUGAGCGCGGUGAAGGAAGGCCUGGGCAUGCUUGUGCGCAGCAUCAUCCACGGCGGCUCCAUCAGCCGCGACGGGCGUCUGGGCGUGGGCGACCUCAUCCUGGCCAUCAACGGCGAGCCCGCCGCCAACCUCUCCAACGCGCAGGCCCGUGCCAUGCUGCGACGCCACUCGCUCAUCGGACCCGACAUGGGUUUCACAUAUGUCCCAGCUGAGUACCUGGAUGAGUACAAGGCCAGUCUGCUCGAGAGAGAUGUUGCUGGAGGACUGUUUCCAGUCGACACAUCGGAGGCUCCGCGGAGAGAAGUGUCUGAGCUUCCCGAGAGAGAGGAGGGGGAGGGAGAGGAGAGCGACUUCCAGGCUGCAGCCUACAGCAACUGGAACCAGCCCAGGAAAGUGGAGCUGCAUCGAGAGCCUGGCAAGUCUCUGGGCAUCAGCAUCGUGGGCGGCCGGGGCAUGGGCAGUCGCCUUAGCAACGGCGAGGUGAUGCGGGGCAUCUUCAUCAAGCACGUGCUGGAGGACAGCCCUGCCGGACGCAACGGAACCCUCAAGACCGGAGACAGGAUCGUGGAGGUGGACGGGGUUGACCUGAGAGACGCCAGUCAUGAGCAGGCGGUGGAGGCCAUCCGCAAGGGAGGAAAUCCUAUGGUCUUCCUGGUCCAGAGCAUCGUCCACCGGCCACGGAAGCCGCUGCUGCCCUUUCUGCAGGUUAGCGCCCCCUGUGGGCCAAAUGCUCAAAGCGGUAACCUCACCAGCUUUCUGCCCCGGCCACCACAGUCCCUGACCACUGACCCUGUUGAGGAGAGAUCACCACCCACCACCCGGCCAGACAGUGACCAGGCGCAGAACCGGGAGAAGAGUUCCCCCACGGCCUUACUGUUGCCCCUGCCGGUGGUUCCCCACGUCGGGGAGACGGACACGGACACGCUGACCGAGAUCCCCGACCGGACCGACGAGGAGGAGGACGAGUUCGGCUACAGCUGGAAGAAGAUGAGCCAGCGGUACGGCGGGCUCCCCGGUGCGCUGCAGAUGAUCGAGCUGGAGAAGGGCCGCAUGGGCCUGGGCCUGAGCCUGGCGGGGAACCGCGACCGCUCCCGCAUGAGCGUCUUCGUGGUGGGCAUCGACCCCGGCGGGGCGGCCGGCCGAGACGGACGACUACUGGUGGGAGACGAGCUGCUGGAGAUUAAUGGACAGAUCCUAUACGGCCGCAGCCAUCAGAACGCCUCAUCCAUCAUCAAGAGUGCCCCCUCCAAGGUCAAGAUCGUCUUCAUCAGGAACACGGAAGCGCUGGACCAGAUGGCCGUGGGGCCCGUCAAGGAGUUCGGAGACGCGCCGGAGCCCAGCGCUGAGGAUGCAGGAGCGGCCGCUGCACUCGCCCCCCCAGCGACAGAUGCCGACAUGUUCAAGUAUGUUCAGCACAUCGUCCUGCCCAAGGAUGAAGCUGGAGUGGGUCUGUCCUUCAGUAAGGAAGAGGACACCAUGGGCGGAGUGCUGAUCCUCAACAUGCCUGAGUCUGGGCCUGCAGCAAAGGAGGGCUCCAUAAGAGUGGGUGACAGACUCAUUGCCAUUGAUGACGAAGCGGUGGCAGGAUACUCCGUGGACAAGGUGAUGUCAUUGCUGAGGAAAGCUAAGGGGCCGGUGAAGGUGACGAUAGCCUCUCAAGACUCCGCCCAACUCUCCUCCUCCUCCACCAAUGAGAGCGGAGCGUCCGACGGAAUGCUCAGUGCCCCGCCCUCUGUCUCUCAGCCAACCUUGAGCCUACCUGAGAUGGAGCCAAUCAGGAGUUCAAGCAGGUCGUCCACUCCGGCCACACUAGCGUCGGACCCCGUGACCUGUCCCAUCAUCCCCGGCUGCGAGACCACCAUAGAGAUCUCCAAAGGACGCACAGGACUGGGCCUCAGCAUCGUGGGAGGCUGUGACACUCUGCUGGGUGCCAUCAUCAUCCAUGAGGUCUAUGAAGAGGGCGCCGCCUCCAAAGAUGGCAGACUGUGGGCUGGAGACCAGAUCCUGGAGGUGAACGGCAUCGACCUGCGCAUGGCGACGCACGACGAGGCGAUCAACGUCCUGCGCCAGACGCCGCAGAGGGUGCGGCUGAGCGUGUACCGGGACGAGGGCCAGUACAAGGAGGACGAGCUGUGGGACGCCUUCACCGUGGAGCUGCAGAAGAAGCCCGGCCAGGGCCUGGGCCUCAGCAUCGUGGGCAGAAGGAAUGACACGGGGGUGUUUGUGUCGGACAUCGUGCGGGGCGGUCUGGUGGAGUCGGACGGGCGGCUGAUGCAGGGCGACCAGAUCCUGUCGGUGAACGGGGAGGACGUGCGCACGGCCACGCAGGAAGCUGUGGCCGCGCUGCUCAAGUGCUGCGUGGGGUCCAUCUCCAUGGAGGUGGGGCGCUUCAAGGCUGGACCUUUCCACUCCGAGAGAAGACUCUCGCAAAACAGCCAGCUGAGCGAAACGGGCAGCUACAAACUCCCUCCGCACUCCCUGUCUGGGUCCGGAAAUCUCCAUGGAGACUACGAGAACCCCCGCAGGAGUCAUGAAUCUCUCUACCAACAAGACAUCAGAACCGUCGAGCUCACAAAGGGUCCGACGGACUCCCUGGGCAUCAGUAUAGCGGGCGGAGUGGGCAGUCCUCUGGGCGACGUGCCCAUCUUCAUCGCCAUGAUGAACCCCACGGGAAUGGCCGCACUCACUCAGAAACUCAGAAUUGGGGACAGAAUCUUGAGCAUCUGUGGGACUACAGCAGAGGGCAUGACUCACAGCCAGGCUGUCAGUCUGCUGAAGAACGCAAGCGGACCUAUCGAGCUACAGGUGGUUGCCGGGGAUACCACAGUGACCAGUCCCACUCCUGAGCAGGCUGCUGCUGGGCUCUCAGUGUCAGGCCUAACAGCCAGCAGCAUCUUCCACGACGACCUUGGACCCCCCCAGUACAAGAGCAUCACUCUGGACAGGGGGCCUGACGGCCUGGGCUUCAGCAUCGUGGGGGGGUUCGGCAGUCCCCACGGAGACCUGCCCAUCUACGUCAAAACUGUCUUCGGAAAGGGUGCAGCAUCAGAGGACGGACGUCUGAAGCGUGGCGACCAGAUCAUGGCGGUGAACGGGCAGAGUCUGGAGGGGGUCACUCACGAGGAGGCCGUGGCCAUCCUCAAGAGGACCAAGGGAACGGUCACCCUCACCGUGCUCUCAUAGGCUUACACACACACACAUACACACACAUGCACGCACACACACACAUGCACAUGGACACUCUACACACACACGCACACACACACACAUGCACAUGGACACUCUACACACACACACACACACA